AUGACUAAAAAUCAAUUUCUGUCGUGGUACAAACGAUUCGGUCAAAUGUGGCAUCCAAAAGAGAAUGACACAGAUUAUAUCAGAAUUCAGCCGUUGAAUGUUCAGAAGUCGCAAUCGACUUUCAGAAUAACAAUGAGACUUCAACCCGGAAAGAGAGACAAUGCGACUACUUUCGAUUUCGAUUUCAAAGUGACUAUAGAUGUCAACCAACACGGAGACCUGAAAGUGUAUAUAACUCGUCUGGAAGUGCUGUGUAAUCCAAUGAUUGAUUAUAUGGAUGAAUCACUGAAAGCUAUUCGAGAAGUCGUCACCGAGAACUUUCUCGAGUCAAUUCGCACUAUAACUCCGCCCAUUCCACGGUAUUCAUCAGUUGAAUUCAUCAGCAAGUUCUCUAAUAACAAAUCGAUUGAAGUGAGUAUUUGUGAUGUGGGGGAGAAGACUAAUCUCCCACAAAUAGAAAUUCUCCUGUUUCAUCGUGGCAACGUGAAAUCGGUUGAGCUGAAACUGUACAGAAUCGACUACGAUGACAUUCCACUGCCUGCACUCGAACAGUCCUAUUUCCGAUUGUACACAAUUUCAAGUUCCACUAAAAAUGAAACUCAUUAUUUUGUCUAUGAACAUGAAUGGGUGUUUCAUCUUCAAUGGGACACAAUGGAUCAGUUCUACUACAUUCAUAAAGUGGAAUUGGAGUGCCCACAUGUACUUUACGAGCAGAAGGAUCAUGUUUAUUUGGCAUUUUACCAAAGAAUAGGGGGAUGA